AUGGCGGAUGACAGAAACAGAAAUCCCCCCCCUCACGAAUUCGAAGACCCCCCCCCUCCCCCCCUCUCAGAGAAAUCCGUUCGACCUCCAGCAAGUAGCUUCGAGGAACUCGAAUGGACUCUCCGAGGCAAAUUCAAAGUCGACCGAGAGCUAAGUCACAUCACAAUCCUAGGAUACUUAUACAAUCACCUCUUCGUCUACUACGUGUGGAUGAAAGAUCCAAGAAGUGGUGUAAGCUAUGCUUCAGCUCUUGCUAAACUACUUCACAGAUCGACAUUUCCUGUAUUUCCACCUCACGAAGAAGCAAGACGAGAAAAGCGACUCAGUUUAAUGACAUACAGACCUGCCGUCAAACCCCUACCCUCACCUUUACCAUCUCCUACACCUCUCACACCGAUACAACCUACACGACCACCCCUCCCACCGAUACACCCCCAACUGUAUCGACCCCCACCCCCACCCCCGAAUGAUAUACAAUUCGAUAUACCAUUCAAUAAGCAACCUUAUCAACAGCAGAGACAAUGGAAGUUCACCCUUGACCCUCGACUGCCCCGUGACCCUCGACUACCCCUUGACCCUCGACUACAACCUUUACUACCGAUUCAUCCGACUCGACCCCCACCCAACCCACUGGUUCAUCGACAACCCUACGUACCACCCAUCUUCGAACACCGCGAACCUCAAAGACGAAGAGCAAAUGGAGGAGGUGGAAGCGGAGGUGAUGAUGGUGGAAGCAACCAUACGGAGGACUCUUACCGUAGAGAUAACUAUAGAGGAGGUGGAGGAGGCGGUAGAGGAGGAGGUGGAGGAGGAGGUGAAGGAGGAGGUGGAGGAGGAGGUGGUAGAGGAGGCGGAGGUGGCAAUGGAAGAGACCCUGACCAAUCAGCUAAAAGAGGCUGGAGACCAAGCCUAGCGCAGCUGAUUGGCGGACUCAGUAAGAUGUAUGGACAUAAGAAGGAGCUCAAAUACAAUGGAGGAAUGUGGGAUAUACUCUUCGUAAAGCUAAAGAAGUUCUAUAACUUGUGCGAAACAUGCGACAUCCCUUCUGCUUUAUACGCUAAAGCUUUCCUUACCGAUAACGUAUUGCGCGAUCAACUUAUUAGCGCUUGCAAUAGAGUCGAGGAAUGCAGACUAGCAAUAUUCAACCCAGCUAAUACAUACGAAGGAGUUGCUGCUCAAUUACGAUUAGCAAUCGGUACUAUUCAAAGAGAGCGCCAAAUACUCGAAUACACAGCUCCUCUUACUAUGUACCAUGCUUUCAACGACCACAAUUGCGAUACUAAUUACAAUCACGAGACCUAUUACACCGAUCGAAACUAUAAAGGAUCAGGUGGGAGCUAUAACCGUGGCUUAAGAGGUUACAAUCGCGGUAAUAGAGGCAGAGGUAGGAACAGAGGUUUUGCACGUAGAGGAGGGAAUAAAGGCUUCCGCGGAGGUAAAAAGCCUAAGUACGACGAAUACGAUCACGGUGACCGCAACUACUUCACUCAGACCUUUCUUACCGAGGCUGGAAAGGUGACAGGCGCCGAGACCAUUGCAAUUUUGCAAAAACGCUCAGCUUACCACGCUUUCACCACCUUGGACGCUAUGAACCCUUCAAUUAAGGAAGAUGAGACCGUUCCACUAAAGACCUACAUUUCACAUUCCCGGUAUUCAGCUUACCGAUUCCAAGGCUUCCUUUCCGAUUCGGGAGCUGCAAUACAGCGUUUUGCUACUACCUUUAAGGCUGCCGGUAAAGAGUUUGAAACCGAUAUCCUCGAGAAGAUUACUAAAUACUAUGCGCAAUAUGUAAUCGUAAUAAACGCUGGAACUAACUUGAGCUCUCAAGAGUUCAAACAACAAGCAAAUUCGAUGAAUACUAAGAUCAAGGUAGUCUUAGUCGAAGCUUACAAUAGCGUCGGAAAAGUGGAACGCUACCAUGGCCCUCUCCGAAGAAUAUACAAUAUUCUGAAAGAGGAACUAGCAGGUGAAGGAGUUGACAAGCACAUGGUACUCCAAAUGGCUUUUAAAGCUAUCAACGAUACAGCCGGCCUCGAAGAUACGCCAAACCUCGAAGAAUCCUUGCCACCGAACCGGUCAACUAAAGCUGAACUACCACCGGUCCAGCUUAUAAGACAACCUACCACUCUAGCUACUAAGAUUGGAUCACGCUCGCGCAAACCGAAAGGCAGUUUGGCAGUUCGCUACAGCUCCUGUCACCUUUUUGCAAGUAUAGAAGAGUUUAAAGAUUUUGACGAGCAAUUUCUCAAUCACGAGAGUGAUGUCAUCAUAGUAUUCCUUAUUUAUAAAGAAAAGGCUGAUGUUGCGCUCUUUACGAAGCUUAGAAACGAAAGAGUUAUCACUACGCCCGGCGAGCAAUUCGUAGAAUCACGCCUCCAAGAGCUAAAGGGCUUAAUAGAGAAGGAGGUAUUUAAGGUUGUAGAAUACAACCUUGCGGUCCACGGAACAAGCCGCAUAUUCAACUCUCGAAUGGUCGAUAAAGUUAAAGGCAAGAAUACCUUCGAACCAUACGAAAAAUCACGCCUUGUUAUUCAAGCUUAA